UAAUAAGUAGGAAAACGUAACUCUUAUUACAAUGUCUAGAAUACGGACAAUCUUAAAACAGGACAACACUCCUUUAUCAAAAAAAUAAAACAGGACAACAUUGAACUGACUAUUGCCUCAACCUAUGUGACAGUAGAAGACUUAGUUACAUGAACCUCAACCAAUAAUCCGAUGCUCCAUAAAAGGAAAGACAUCAAGUGACAGUCACCAAAUGAUAAUUCUAGCUUCAAUUGCAGAAGUUCUUUUUUUGUUUUUCAAAUAACGGUGGUGACCAUGUUGCAAAAGUUAUUACUCCAUCUGUUACUCAGCACAAAUACUUUUCACUCAAUUUUUUUAUCAAAUCAUUCUAACACCUUAAUUAUUUAGAGAGAGAGAGAGGGGGGGUAUCUUUAUCUCAUGGUGAACUGGGCUUUCUGCUGUUCAUAUACAAUGCCCACUAUCUGUCAGGAAAGAAACCCCAACAUGAAGACACCCACAUAGAUACUCAUGUUUAGAAGAAAAUACUAAACAAAGUUGGCAAAGAUGCUAUCUCAUCUCUUUCCUAUUUUAAUCACUAUUAUUGCCAAAUCUUUGGACCCUACCACUCCAUCAGACAUUGAAACAAGCCACACUCAAUUUAGUAUGACUCUACCACCACUCACUCCUACAUCUACAUUCUGCUCCUAAAGCUUCUCAUUCACUCAUUCUUUCACAAGGGAAACAAACUCUCUGCAGGUGGGUUCCAUCUCUAUAAUACUUCCCCACCUACUUUAUAUGAAUUUUUUCGCAAACUACAAAAUUUUACCCCAACACUAGCAAAAUAACAGGAAAAAUGAUAGAGAGGAUCAGUGCAUGAAAUCUAUUCUCAGAUCUAUCGGGUAAAUAUCCUUAUCGAAAUACCAACUAAUUCUUCAAAAUUGGACAAGCUAUAAUCUGACUCAAGCUGCCAGAUCCCUUAAGAAUAUAUACCUUUUGAAGUGAUCUCAAACCCAUAAAGUUCAGUCAUGUGGCUUCUAAAUUCUUAUCAUACAGCUAAAGAGCAAUACCAGCAUAAUCUAAUACAUCCUAUAUCACAGUCUACAUUAGAAGAAGAAGCAAAACGUCAGACAAAACAAACUGUAAGAUUAUGAUUAGACGAUAAAUUGAAUCAUAGUAAUUGGCAGUCUAGAUCAACUCCAACGAGAAGUUGUUAAAGGCAGAAUUAUUUGAUUAGAUAAAAGAGAAAAAAAAAAAGGUGGGAAUCACAGGGUUGACAGGGACUGCAGUGAAACAUGACGUAAGCAUUGUCCCCCGGAACACCAAGCCUCACUAGGUGGGGACAGUGAAAAGAGAUGAUAAAUUUCAAUACCUAAUCUCACCUUCACCUCCUGCAUGAUCUCAUUUUUAUUCCUUGCCUCUCUGAUCUCUAGCCCUUUAAGAGUCCUUUUGGUCAGUAUCUCCAUAAAGCCUCUAACUACAUCUACAAAUUUUAAAUUGCUUGUGGGGAGGGAAAAAAAGAUUUCUACUUACUGCAACAGCCAGCAGAAUGAGAAGUGAUCAACGAGAGUGGUUGAGUUUAAGCUUAGGAAGAAUCUCACCUUCAACAUCUAAAGAAUCUGAGUCACAGACAAGACCUACUCCAGGUAAGAUUUAUUCAUGUAACUUCUGCAUGAGAAAGUUCUACAGUUCACAGGCUCUAGGAGGUCAUCAGAAUGCUCACAAGAGGGAAAGAGGAGCUGUGAGACAGUAUCAGUCCCAGAGGAUGAUGACAAUGAUGGCUUUGCCUAUCAACAAUCCCAUGUACAGAUCUCUUGGCAUGGUUCCCCACUCACUUGUGCAUAAAACUGGCAGAGAUGCAAGUAAAACAGUGGCAAGGUUCAGCGAGGCUAGUGCAGGCUUUCAACUGACAUCACGUCCCAAUCAAGUAGAUGAAAGAUUUGACUUGAAGUGGCCAGGAAGUUUCCGACUAAAUCCACAACAAUCAGAAGACCAGGCCUCAAAUACAAAUAAGAUUGAUCUCAAUCUCAAGCUGUAAUUAUUCUACUCAUCCAUCAUAAAUGGAACUAUUUACUAUCCUCUCCUGUAACAGCUUCAGCUUGGUUCAUCAUCAACACAUGAACUGACUGUAUGAUAUGCGAACACCAAUUUAGAUUUAAAAAAGAUCCUAGAGAAGCAGUGCUCCUAAAUGUCAAGACUUCCAGCUAUAACCUGUCAGAUGAAUGAUAUCUAAGAUGUAAUAUGUACUUUUCAGUUGCUUUUAUUCCUACUGCACCUAGAACAACUUUUUAACA